AUGGGUAACAAGCAGACUGAGCUAAAGAAGAGAAAAGCUACUACGACAGUGCCAAGCAAGGAGCUAUCUCACACACAGGAGAUACAUGAGGACAUUGACGCCAUCAAGAAGCAGCUGAAAUAUCAAGAUGGCAUCAACAAUGUCAGCAAGCACAAGAUUGCAUCGACAUCCGUUGCCCUCAUGUCGUUCUUCACGACAUUCUACAUGAUAUGGUUCCCUGCUCAAGUAGUAUUUGAUGAGGUUCAUUUUGGCAAAUUCGCUGGGUACUAUUUGCAACGCACCUUCUUCUUUGAUGUGCACCCACCACUCGCCAAACUCAUGCUUGCUGGAGUGGGUUAUUUGAGUGGGUUUGACGGUGUGUAUCAAUUUGCAAAUAUCGGGGAAAGCUAUGCUGCAAAUAACGUACCGUAUAUUGCGCUUCGCGCUCUACCAGCUUCACUGAAUGUAUGUGGUGUAGCAUUGAUAUACAACAUCCUAAAAGUGUCAGGGUUCUCUGUAUUGACUUGCUUCACAACGGCUACAUUGUAUCUCUUGGAUAACGCUUUUAUUGGUCAAAAUCGUCUUAUCCUACUGGACAGUAUACUAAUCUUUUAUAUGCUGACGACAAUCUAUUCAUAUAUCAAGUUUCGUAAAUAUAGACACCAGCCAUUUACUCUUCCAUGGUGGACAUGGCUGGUGGCCACCGGAACAAGCAUGGCACUAACCCUAAGUGUCAAAAUGAUUGGGUUGUUUGUUGUAGCUGCUGUUGGCCUGGCUGUGGUGAUGGAUCUAUGGGAUUUGUUGGACAAAAGGAAAUAUGGAUUGACUACAAAGACACUCUUUCAACAUCUUGGUGCUCGUGUAGCUGGACUUAUUCUAGUGCCUGCCCUUGUUUAUUUGUUUUGGUUUUAUAUUCAUUUUGCUAUCCUCAAGUUCUCGGGACCUGGAGACGCUUACAUGAGCACCCGCUUCCAAGAUACGCUGACCAACAACCCUCUGCGUAUCAAUUCACUUGAUAUCAUGUAUAAUCAAUCCAUCAAAUUACAACACAAGGAAACCAGAGCAUUUCUCCAUUCUCAUACACUCACAUACCCAGCCAGAUAUGAAGACGGUAGAUACAGUUCCCAGGGCACUCAAGUUACCGGUAACAUGCAGCCUGAUAUCAACAGCUACUGGCGUAUCAAGCCCACAGGACCUCUAGAUGAAACAGCAGCAGCAAAGCGGCCUGUCAAACACAACGACAUCAUUCAGUUGGAACACAUUGGCACAGGACUUGAUCUACUUACACAUGACGUCGCAUCACCUUGGAUGCCUACUAACCAAGAGUUCACUACAACGAAAUUGCCUGCACGUUACAACGAGACGUUGUUUCGAGUGGUAUUGGAUGACCACAAAGUCAAUCAAGUGUGGUCUACCCUGAUGCAAUCUGUUAAGCUUAUCCAUGUGAGGACUGGGGUCGCUUUGUGGUGCAAUAAUAGAAAUUUGCCAGGCUGGGGAUUGAAUCAUAUGGAAAUCAAUGGUAACAAGAAGAGCGGAGAGGAGAAAAACUACUGGGUAGCGACAGAUAUCCUUGGCUUGAACGCCACCGACAUCAACCUCAAAAAGCAAGAAAAGAAGGUCGCCAAGCAGAUGGGAUUUCUGUCCAAGUUCCUAGAAAUACAGAUCAAGAUGAUUACACACAACAAUAAAUUGACUGGCUCGCAUCCGUAUCAAUCAAGCCCUUCCAUCUGGCCCUUGAUGUUGCGUGGCAUUUCUUACUGGACCAAAGAUGACACAAAGAGCCAAAUCUAUUUGACAGGUAAUGUGGCAGGAUGGUGGUCUGCUCUAGUGGCCAUAGGCCUGUUUUCAUUCGUGUCCAUCCUGGAUAUGGCGCUCAAGAAGCGCGAGAUAUUCAUCCUGAGUGCCACAUCCAGAAUCAGGUUGAACAGGUCUGGUGGUUUCUUUUUACUGUUAUGGGCGACUCAUUACUUUCCGUUUUAUCUGAUGGGAAGGUCACUGUAUUUGCAUCACUAUUUGCCUGCAAUGGCUUGCAGUUAUCUGCUGCUGGGAACCGUGUUUGAAUACUUGUUUAUUGAUGGAGUCAACUCGCCCAUCUCCUAUCAGCCUACUGAUAAGAAGUACACUAUCAACCAUGCAUGUACUACUAUCAAGAGUUACAUUGCAGCGUUUGUUCUGAUUAGCAUGCAGUUUAUGGUUUAUUUGUUUUUAUCGCCACUGACUUAUGGCACUCCAGGCAUGUCGGCUGAAGAGGCCAUGAGACACAAGGUGUUGAAGUCGUGGGACAUUCAAUACGCCAAGCAUUUUAAUUGA